UGUGGAGUUGCACGGGGGCAAAUCAUUCCACAACCUGGAAGGCGUGUAAUGAUUGAAAUGUGGUUUGAUGCCUGAAACAGGAUUUGCAGAUGGGAAGUGUGAGUUUAGUCUCUAGCUAUAUAGUUAAAGACUCGACCGAAAAGGAAUGGGGGGGGAACAUCUGUCUGACUCUUUGGAAACCCGAUUGUUCUAGCACACAGGAAGCUUCAUAUUUGGGACUGGAAAAAGGGGCCUUUCUGGAUAACAUAGCUUAGCCGCUGUGCUAGAGGAGGAAAACGUUUUUGUGCAUUGAAUUGCCAAUUUAAAUGAUGUUCAGCCCAGGCCAAGCACCUUGGUCUGUCAGCCUCCAAUUCUAAGACUACACUACAUCCAGGCUGUUCAUUUCCUUCCAGUGUUGUCCUCGUGACAAACUCCACUCCACUCCAUUCCCACCCACCCCCCUACGAUUGAAUGGGUUGCACUACUAGCAUUUUGGGCUAAAGAAAAAGAAUGAAAGCCAUCCGAAGCGACGGAGGGUGGCCGAUCCCCAUCUUUCGGAGCCAUCCCUGGUGGCCGAUGGCAUUCAAAGUUGCUUUAUGCUUUAAAGUUUCUCGCAGGGUGGGGAAACUCACAAGCCAGUCCCCGAAGGGGUGUCCCUUUCAGCUGGACAUCCAGGAAGCAGCGGAAAGGGGGAAAGGGUUUCGAAACCUCAGAGGAGGGAGGAAGGACUCGUAUUUUGAAAAGCGGUUCCCGCAGGACCUCUAGGCUAGCCAAGAUGUGCUAAAAGCCUGCCGUAUGGGAGGCUGAAGCUUCCUUGUGUUCUCCCGGAUAUUUUUCCACAUUUCCUUUGGAAACGGAAGGCUUGGAAUCCUCGUUCCCCACCCCGGGAAGGUCUGAUGGCUCUCCAAGCCCAAAGAAAAUGCUGCGGCCGAGAUCUGGACAAGGUACUGUCUGAUGAGCGUGAAAGGAUGCUUCACCGAUUUUCACAUUGAUUUCGGCGGCACUUCGGUUUGGUAUCACGUUUUCCGGGGAGGAAAGAUCUUUUGGUUGAUUCCUCCAACACUGCAGAACCUAGAACUCUACGAGGAAUGGGUUGUCUCUGGGAAGCAAAGUGAUAUUUUUCUGGGGGACCGUGUGGAGCUGUGCCAAAGAAUUGAACUAAAACAAGGGCAUACGUUUUUCAUUCCUUCAGGGUGGAUACAUGCCGUUUAUACACCAGUAGAUUCCUUGGUGUUUGGUGGAAAUAUCUUGCAUAGCUUUAACGUUCCCAUGCAGCUUCGCAUUUAUGAAAUUGAGGACAGAACAAGGGUACAGGCCAAGUUCCGCUACCCGUUCUACUAUGAGAUGUGUUGGUAUGUUCUGGAGAGAUACGUGUUCUGUCUAACCCAGCGCUCUCAUUUCCGCAAAGAGUAUCUACAAGAAUCAAUGCUAAUUGAUACGACAAGGAAACGCAGUGUGGAUAGCUUCUCAUCUGAUUCCUGGGGAGACAUGGAUGAUGAAUUGUGUGAUGCUCGCGCCCAGGAAGAGAAGGACAACAACCCUGAAAAAAUCCUCAAGAUCUCGGCCGACGUGCCCUCUUCUCCUAACAGCACACAUUCGGAAGGAAAAGAGACGGUGGGGAAGAAACCGAAAUCUGUAGCUGGACGGUACUUCAAAAGGACUCUGUCCAAUGAGUCAGAGGAAAGUAUCAAGUCAGCUACAGUGGACUAUCCCAAGACCCCCACAGGGUCUCCUGCCACGGAGGUCCCAGCCAAGUGGACUCACUUGACCGAAUUUGAACUGCAAGGCUUGAGGGCCCUUGUGGAAAAACUGGAAUCCCUUCCGGAGAAUAAGAAAUGCGUCCCCGAAGGCAUUGAUGACCCACAAGCUCUGUUGGAAGAUAUGAAGAACAUCUUGAAGGAACAUGCAGACGAUGACCAGAAUCUGGCCAUUUCUGGGAUCCCUGUGGUAUCCUGGCCUAAGAAGAAUGCAAAGAACCGGACCGUUGGACGGCCCAAGGGGAAAUUGGGUCCCUCCUCGGCUGUGAAGCUUGCAACGAAUCGGACGACUGCAGGUGCACGCCGGAGGAGGACGCGAUGUCGCAAGUGCGAGGCCUGCUUGAGGACGGAGUGCGGCGAAUGUCAUUUCUGCAAGGACAUGAAGAAAUUUGGUGGGCCUGGCCGGAUGAAGCAGUCGUGCAUCAUGAGGCAGUGCAUUGCGCCCGUGCUGCCCCACACGGCUGUGUGCUUGGUGUGUGGCGAAGCAGGGAAAGAAGACACGGUGGAGGAGGAGGAAGGCAAGUUUAAUCUCAUGCUCAUGGAGUGCUCCAUCUGCAAUGAAAUCAUCCACCCGGGCUGCCUUAAGGUGCGGGAAUCGGACGGCGUGGUGAACGAGGAGCUGCCGAACUGUUGGGAGUGCCCUAAGUGCAACCAUGCUGGGAAAACUGGGAAAGCGUACAAGCAAAAGCGGGGACCUGGGUUCAAAUAUGCAUCUAACCUCCCAGGCUCUUUGCUAAAAGAGCAGAAGAUCAACCGAGAGAACAAGGAAAUCCUCCCGGAGAUCGCCAAGCGGAAAGUCGAGUGCGAGGAAUCCCCCCGCAAGAAAUCCGACGAGCGUCCGCCCAAGCCCCCCCUGGAUCCUCUUUUGAGGAGGAAGUCAGAAGAAGCCCACCUGCGCCGGAAGCGGAAAUUUGAAAAACCCCAAGAGCCUGCGAUGAGGAAGCGGCUAAAACUGGGCAAAGAAGAGAAGCUGUUCAGGAAAAAGAGGCGGUCCUGGAAGACUCCCGAUGACCGGGCGGCCACCCUCAAGCCUCUGCGGCGCUUCAAGCAAGAGCCUGGGGAGGACUUUCCGGAGGAGCCUCCGAAAAGCAAGGAGAGUGACCAGUCGCGUUCAAGCUCGCCCACUGCAGGGCCCAGCUCUGAAGGGGCCGAGUCUCGGGAGAAGAAGAAGUUCAAGAUCCGGCGGAAAGCUCGUCUCCCCAACAAGGAGCUGAGCAAGGAGCUGAGCAAGGAGCUGAACCAGGAGAUCCAGAAGACCGAGAACAGCCUGGCCAACGAGAACCACCAGCCCAUCAAGUCGGAGCCGGAGAGUGAAAACGAGGAACCCAAGCGCAUGCUGGUCCCCGAGCGGCCUCACCAGAUCAGCAAAGGCUUGAACGGGACGCCUCGGGAGCUCCGGCAUCAGCUCCUGUCAAGCCUUCGCAGCAGCGCCCCCCGGGCCAUCACCCGGCCCCCCCCUUCCCUCUCGCCCCCCAAGUGCAUCCAGAUGGAGCGGCACGUCGUCCGGCCGCCCCCCAUCAGCCCCCCGCCAGACUCGCUGCUGCUGGACGACGGAGCGGCCCACGUGAUGCAGAGGGAGGUCUGGAUGGCCGUCUUUGGCUGCCUCAGCCCCAGAGAACUCUGCAUCUGCAUGAGGGUGUGCCGGACCUGGAACAGAUGGUGCUGUGAUAAAAGACUGUGGACCAAAAUAGACCUCAACCAUUGUAAAUCCAUCACUCCCCUUAUGCUCAGCGGUAUCAUCAGAAGGCAGCCGGUCACGCUAGAUCUGAGCUGGACAAAUAUAUCCAAAAAGCAGCUGAGCUGGCUUAUCAGCCGGCUCCCAGGUCUCCGGGAUCUGCAUUUGGCUGGAUGUUCGUGGAUUGCAGUGUCUGCGCUCUGCAGCUCGAGUUGCCCCCUCCUCCGAACUCUGGAUAGUCAGUGGGUGGAAGGCCUGAAGGAUGCCCAGAUGAGAGACCUUUUGUCACCGCCAACUGACAACAGGCCAGGCCAGAUUGACAACCGGAGCAAGCUACGCAACAUCACGGAGCUACGCCUGUCCGGCUUAGAUAUCACGGACGCUUCCCUGCGCCUGAUUAUCCGGCACAUGCCUCUUCUGGCCAAGCUGAACCUCAGCUACUGCAAUCACGUGACGGAUCAGUCCAUCAACCUGUUAACGGCUGUGGGGACUACCACGCGGGACUCCCUAACCGAGGUUAUUUUGAAAGACUGCAAUAAGGUGACGGAUCAGUGCCUCUCCUACUUCAAGCGCUGUGGGAGCAUUUGCCACAUCGACCUGAGGUACUGCAAGCAAGUGAGCAAGGAAGGGUGCGAGCAGUUCAUUGCCGAGAUGUCUGUGAGCGUUCAGUUCAGCCAAGUGGAAGAGAAACUGCUGCAGAAGCUGAGUUAGUAUUUACAAGGACAGAUUUGUAAAUAGAGGCAAACCAAUGGAGGGGGGGAAGGACAGAAGAAAUUUUACUUUUUCUCGGAGGUGUGGAACAUGUGCCGAGCAAACGGACUGGAUUACACAGGGACGUACGGCAGCCAAGUUAGCCAUCACCUUCCAGCAGUGGUGGAAUUUGGUGCUCUGGUUGGCCGUUUACGUACCUUCCUAGGAUUUUCCACGCACCAAGGAGGAUGUGAAUACGCUGACUCAGGAUUGCAGCUGGAGUGCAUGUACAUUUCUGAAGCAUUUUUUGCAGACAUCAGAAGCAACAUUCAUUUUGGGGUUGUUAAGGUGGGCCAUACCCUGCAUUCCUGCCUUUUGAACUUUUUCUGUUACAUCUGACAUUAUGCAAAACUAUUUUUGUACAAAUUCCUUUAAAAAGUUAUUUAUGCAAAGUUCUUGAAUGCAUUUCAAAUGUUUGUUUUGGGUUUCAAAUUGCCAAAUUAUCCUGAAGUGGGAGAGAACUUUUAACUUCUUAAGAGACACGACCAAUUGGACAGAUAUUCCCCAAUUUUGAAGGGGUGGGGAAAAUAGGUUAAUACUUUAAAAUGAAAAAGCAUGUUUUAUAUACGGCUUUGUAUACUCUAGAAACGCAGUAAAGCAUGUUGUGGAAAGGAGGUGUAUAGAGGUGUAUAGAUUAAGGAUGAAUGUGUCAUUAAAUUCUCCCUGUGUAAAGUUCAUCUUUUCCUUAAUUUUGAAGCUUCCAGUUAUAGCCAGUAACGUGGAAAAGUAUUUAAGACAUUUGGAUUCUCAAACUUGCUGCACAUCUGCAAGUCAAGCAGUUUUCUGGUUUUUAAAUGAGUUCUUACAGUUUAACUUGGUUAACUGCUAAUUAUUUAAAAGAAAACAAAGGGGCAAUUCAGUAUACAUUAAGUGCCAUUGUUGUAAAGUGGUGUCUCUCUGACUUUCUUCCUCAUGCAGUUUCAACCUCUGUUGAAUUUGUAUAAAUGACUGUACAAAAAUAGAGGCUAGCUGGGCAUUCCGCUCCUGUUUGUAUUAUAGAUGUUGAAUCUUUGUAAUAUUUCCCGGAAGGCCUCUCGGCUUCCACCACUUGGAGUCGUUCCAAGAGCAAACGCUGACAGUAAAGAGAUCCUCCGUUCCGUUGUCAUCGGUUAUGGCGUUUGUGAUCCAGGGGAAUCCAGUUGCUUUGUCCCUUGGGUAAAGUAAACUUUUAAUAGAAGUUCAACCUUUUGCUACCUGGUGUUGUGAUUUUCUUUUCACCAGCUGUAGAAAUAGUUCUUAAAAGAAAUAUCCAAUUAACUGCCUAACAACCCCACCUCACAGACCCCUAACCUGAAGCUGUCAAACCUACAAAUUUAAUAUGGCCCUGACACAAAGAAAAUUAGGAUACCUUAAGUCUCUCUGCUCUGCAUCGCUCAUUUCUCCGGGCUAUUUCACGGUAAGGAGGGAGAGAAAAGCAAACCAAAGCCAAUUAAUGAAAUGUUUAUUAAGUCAGCCAUUACUCAGAAUGUUAUGGAUAUGCUACAUUCUCAAUUAUGCAUGUAUCCCCUGAACAACUUGAUUUUCUACUCGGUAUCCUUAGAGAUAUUUCUAAAAAUAAAGCCAUAAUGUCUUGCUCCCUUCUGAAAAAUGUCAACUUUAAGAUAUGAAAGUCCCCCCCCCC